AGGAAAUCCGGAUGUAUUUGACCAUUAGGACUAUAUUGUUAGAGGUAAUGUUAAGCUUCAUGAUACAUAGUCUAUGCUUGCGUGAUGUUUUCGACGAAGACUGAGACUGCUCAUCUCAUCACAUCGGUAGUGACACCACGGAAAGGGAGUCGGAGAACGUAUCGCCCCCUGAGUCAUAAAGGCUUGGGCCCAGACCACCAAUACGAUUUUUAUAUUAAUCACUCGUAGGCCUACAUGCUGCGUUGAUGGUCAUGUGAUUGGUGGAUGUUUGGUGCUUAAAAUAAUGCUAUAGGUCCAGUUAAGAGGUAAUUCUAAGUCAUGGAGGGGGGAAGCUAUGGAUAUUCGCGGGACUAUUUUGACCGCUUCAUUCAGAGCCAGGACUCAUCUGUAGUGAACAAGUUCCAGCAGAAAUACUGGAAGACAAAACAGACACUCAUCAAAGUGACCGGGAAGAAAGAGGACGAACAUGUGGUGGCCUCAGAUGCAGACCUGGAUGGUAAACUUGAGGUGUUCCACUCAGUCCAGAGAACAUGCAUGGAGCUUCUCAAGGUGAUUGAGCAGUACCAAAGGAGAAUCUGUAUGCUGUCCCAGGAAGAGAAUGAGCUGGGUCGCUUCUUACGCUCACAAGGGUCCCAGGACAAAACCAGGGCUGGGAAGAUCAUGCAGGCUACAGGGAAAGCUCUGUGCUUCUCCUCUCAGCAACGAAUGGCACUGCGUAGUCCACUGUGUCGGCUCUACCAGGAGGUGGAGACGUUCCGCUACAGGGCCAUCUCGGACACAUGGCUCACAGUGAACCGCAUGGAGCAGUCCAGAACAGAGUACCGCGGAGCCCUGCUGUGGAUGAAGGACGUGUCCCAUGAGCUGGACCCAGACACACAGAAACAGAUGGAAAAGUUCCGGAAGGUGCAGGCGCAAGUUCGGUUGACAAAGACAAGUUUUGACAAAUUGAAGAAUGAUGUUUGUCAGAAAGUGGAUUUACUUGGAGCUAGUCGAUGCAACCUCCUGUCACAUGUCUUAACAACCUACCAGACCACUUUGUUGCACUUCUGGGAGAAAACAUCCCACACUAUGGCAGCCAUUCAUGAGAGCUUCAAAGGGUGCCAGCCUUAUGAGUUUUCAACACUAAAGACUCUUCAGGACCCCAUGGAUCAGCUGUCCAAUCACGGGCCAAAGAAGAGAGAGAAGAAGAGAGCCAAGGUCAAGGCAGAGGAGGGGGAGGCCAAUCAGACUGCAGAUGACCUCCUGGUUUCAGUAGAUGACGAGAAUCAUAACGAGACAGGUUUAGAUGACCUGCUGUGUGACACUCCAGAGAAGGACGGCAUUGCUCUGCUGAACGAGAUACUCAACAGCACGUCCCUGGAGGAGAGCGACUUCUCGCGCGAGUGGCGCGACGUGUUCGGAGAGGGGGAGCUGACCGAUAGCCUGUCUGAAACGGGACAGUGCCCGUCUGAAGACCCCGCCUCCUUCUUCCUUCCAUCCCACCUGCUGGACCAGAACAUGAACAGUCUCCAGUCUCCCGCCACAGGGGAGAGGAUGACCGGCACAGAUUGGGCCACGGACAUUCCACAGCCCGUCUCCACGGCGGCGGAGCAGUCAUCUGGAGCCAAUCAGAACUCCUCCAGGCCCGCAGCGAGAGAAAUGCCUGAAAGCUCCAAGGACCUCUCAGCCUGGUUCAACCUCUUUGCUGAUCUGGACCCCCUCGCAAACCCAGAUGCAAUUGGGAGAACAGACAAGGAGCAGGAGCUGAUGAAUGCCUAGAUGCUUCCGUACAACGCUCUGGGUUACUGGUCAGUCAAACUGUUUAGGUGGCAUACUGUAAGUGAACACUAUCCCCAUCAGACCAACUUAACCCCAAUCCUGCUGUUUUCUAGAUGUUUAGAGCCAUUGUUUGCCGAGUAAGGGUUUGGUUAAGACAAGAGAGUACAAGUGUUGUGGUCAACCAAAGGAUUAUGACUUUCUGUUGAACGAAAUGUUGAUUGCGUCGUGUCAUGUUUGUUUCUCAGCGCCAUUUCUCCUGUUUCUACUGAAUGGCAUACAGGAUGUAGUCUUAAGCCAUUGCUAUUUAAAUAUAGUUGAGAAUAAGUUGAUUUUGAUUUAAGUACAUUUUGUUUGUGUUCUAGAUGUACUGCAUGCCUCAUGUUGUAUUUCACAUUUGUAUUCUGUUUGGGACACUAAUAAUUAUUACUGAUGACUGAAAACUUCCCAUGAUGGUUUGUGGAGUGAGAAAUUCAGGUUAAAUAACUUGCAAAUUAUAACACCCUACAAAGACAGAUGUAAAUGACACAUUUACGAUAUGCCCUGCCUGUGAAAUGAGAUGGAUAUCCAUGUGGGACUAACACUUACAGGGCUAGCUGCAACAGUAUGCUAUGGGAUACUACUCUCUCUCACCAGGCUGCUCAUUUGAACACAAUAUUUUCCUCCAACUAUACCAGUGGGACUGGGACAAUGAAAAAUACAGCCAUACGUAUAAUAUGCUUUAUGGACAAAAUAGAACAAUUUUCAAAUAGUUUAAAACCACAUUUUUUACUUUGACAAACCUAAAUUAUUUAAACAGGUGCUGCACUAUAUAUAUGCCUUAAAUUUGCGAAUGGCUUUACCAAAUACGUGUUAAAUAAAUUAAACUAACUGACUUAAAGGAUUUUAGUUUUUCUUUCAUCAGUUUAGCAGAAGCAUAUCUAAGUGCCAUUAACAAAGCAGAUCUCUCAUAGAUGUUUUAUUUACAUUCACAAAUAACCACAGAAUGUUAUUGCUACGGUCUAUGUGCAAUACUCUCUUUUCAUAACCAUUCAUUGUGAGUGUGUCUGUGCAUGUCAAAUAUUGUAUGACAUUCUUUACGGUAUAAAUAAAGUUAUGAAACAUUCUUCAUGGUAUAAAUAAAGUUAUGAAACAAUC